AUGUCAGUCGUCGCGCCGUCGAAUAGCUGGCUGCGCGCCCAGCGCAAGAGCGAUCUGGUCGAGCUGGCGGACAGCCUCGGGUUCAAAAACUACGAUGGUCUCAAAAAGACGGAGCUCGAGUCAGCUCUCGACGACUUCAUUGCGGGGAACAGCAGCCGCUUCUCCUCCCGAUCAGAUCUGUCUGGCUACUUCAACAGCCGCACCAAGGCCAUGGGCUCUCCCGUGAAGCGCGAAUCCAAGGAGCCAAAGGAGGCCAAAGAACCAAAGGAACCCAAGGAGCAGCCUCUCAAGGAGGAGCUGGAAAAGACUCUCAAAACGGCCAAGCGACGGGUAACCAAGGCUGCAGAGGACAUCAUAGACGCCGACGACGUCCGCGCCGCCUCGACUGCCCUCAUCCAGACUCCCGCUCGCAGCCUGUCGCAAGUCGCCUCUCGCAUUUCUCUUCCCGCGACGCCAGCCGACGUGGCCCAGGCCGUCGACCGCUCCACCCUCGCCGUGCGCCGUCAUGUCUCGUCCUUCUACCAGGACAGUGGCAUCAGCGAGGCCUCAAACGCCACCCGCGAGACGCUCAGCAACGUGACCAGCAUCCUCCUCUGUGUCUCUGCGUUCGAGCUUUGGCACAUUCGCCCAGAGGUCCUCGCCAACCGCUAUGCCUUUACCGUCCCCGCCAUCGAGUUCCUCGGCACUUCCGACCACCCCGUCUACCUGCCCGACAUGUUCCUGCUGCUCACUGCUAGCUUCUGGUCGCCUGCCCUGACCUGGGCCUUUACCAGCUUCAUCCUGCCCAGCCUGUUUGGAUACUUCUUCAACCUCAGCGCGGCCAAUACCCCCACCGGACUGAAGACUCGCUCCCGUGCUCAACCUCAGGAGAGCGUUGUCGACCCCUUGACCUAUAGCAUCACCAAGGCCCUCGUUUCCUACCUUGUCUAUGGGCAGGGCGUCACCUUUGGCGGUCUUCUCUCCGAAACCGCCAUUGAGCGGCUCAACGGGGCUGUCUAUGGCGGCUACAAGGGCGUGAUCACGGGAACCGCCAUUACGGGCUUGCUGAGCAUCUAUGAUGCAGUGCUGAAGAAAUAA